UAAUCAGGUGAAUGCACAUGCAGGUUUAACCAAAUAAUGGGUUACAUCAAUGGACACACCCAGACCGUUUGCGGAAAGUUUCAGCUCCACCUUUUCCAGGAACAGUGAAACUUAAAGUAUUAGUUCCACACAACAGCACUGACCUUGGUGCAGCCGCGAUGUCUAAGUUGGAAAAGAUAUUCUCCCUACUUCAGAGGUUCCGAUUGGAAUCUUACUACAAUGCAUUUCUUGAAAUUGGGGUAAAAGAUGAGAGAGACUUCAUUGAUAGUAUUGAUGAUGACAUCUUAGCAACUUUAGGUUUAUCUCAAUUAGAGAAGAAAAGAUUUGCAAACAUGCAGACACACAUUCAAAAGCUUGGAAGCAUGAUAGAAAAGUCGACGGAGGCAUUCAAGGUGACAUACAGCUUCCCCAAAUGCUCUGAGCCCAAAGAGAUCAAUGACAUGGAUCCAUCUCAGAACACGCUGGAUGAUCUGAUGCUCCGGAUUGGUUUUCAGGAACAAAUAGGCAAUGACAAAGCCGUGUGUAUUUACACAGUAGACGGAAUGCCUUUAACAGACGAUCCUUUCUUCAACACAUGGAGUUUAAAGGACAGGCACAUUGAAAAUGGAAGUGAGCUGUACGUCAUAUUUACACCCAAGCAUAACAUUUUGGCCGCACCAGCAGUCAUUUCACAGGAGACCAGUGAGAUUCCCGGGGAUGACACAGUCCGGUGCCACAUCAUGAUCAAGGGAGACUAUGAAAUUCAGUUGGACUUGGAAAAAGACACACUGUGGGACCUGAGAAGGAAGCUGUCCAAAGAAAGCGGAAUACCUGUACAUGUCCUGCAUGCUAGAGAUAUAGGAGGAGGACCUGGACAAUCCUUGAAAGAUCUUGAGAUCAGCAGCCAGUCUGUGGUUCAUUUCCAAAUGUCUUCAUUUGAAAACAUAUACACCUAUGAUUCAGUAUUAUUUCUGGCUGACAUUUCCCCUUCAGUUCCACAAACACAGAAGGGAAUGAGUGUCUUCUUCUCAACAUUACAUGUCAUUUAUGAAAACCGUUCAAGUCACACAUUUCAGAAAGUAGCAGCAUACAUUCGGAAGCUCACUGGAUGCAAUGCAUUAGCCCAGGCUUUAUAUCAACUACUAUGCAAAAGUCAAUUUGGGACCAGGAACCAGAAGAUUGCAAUUGUUGAAGGACUAUAUUUACUCUUCAGAGAACUGCUGCCCAGCAGAGCCAAAAAAACAAGUCCUCAGAUCAUCGAAGACUCAGAGGUUUUUGAGUACUCAAAUGUUUGCUGGGCCUACCUGAUGUCUCAGUCUAAGGAUGAGGAAAAUGAGGUCUGUGCAACAAUACCUUUGUACUGUGAAGGAUCGGGAAAAACCCUCUGGGAGCCUGUUCGCAUUCCUGGGAUACGCUCAGUUUUUGAGAGAGCAUACGUUCUGGACAAAAUAAGGAGUGGGGAAAAAAUCCCAGGUUGCAGUGAAGGAAACCUCAAGGAAACAUCGAUCCAGAGAGCAACCGAUAUUGAGUGUAUUUUAUUUAGUGUUCCUCGGAACAGCAGGUUCACUUUGUGGAUUUCCUCUGGUUCUGGUUGCAAUUUUCAGGUUAAUCCAGAGAAGACAUUUGAUGAGAUGACCGAGGGCAUGUCUACGUACUCUUACCUGCUACCAGUUCCACCUUUACAAUUAAUGAGUCUAGGACUCGAGAUACAUAAUCUUGUGUACAUCAGCGAAGAUAACCUCUGCUGUUGUGAAGGAAGACAUAAAGCAAGGGUUUUUGAGGGACGUUUUUGGGAUUUUCUUACUGGAAAAAUAAAACAGUUAAAUUUGCGUCAGCUGGCAAUUCAACUUGGAGAUUUCAGAAUGAACCAGACCUUCCUAAUCAACAGGGUCCCAAAAGAAGCAAUACUGGUGCUGGUGGAUGCAAGCCACUCUAUGACUGCGCAGUGUUACCCAUCAUGGAACAGGAUGGAGGCCGUCAAAGAGCUGUUCCAUAGCUUUUCAGACCGGACCAUGGCAUACGAUUUUCCUCACGCCAUUGGACUUGUUAUGGUCGCAACGGAUGUAAAAUUCCACAAAUUCACAGAGUCACUGGAAACCUUCAGGACUUACGUUCGUGGGCUUGAACCAAAAGGCCAAACUGCACUCUAUGAUGCCUUAAAUCUUGGACUUUCUGAGCUCCAGAAUGUCAAGAAGUGUUUUCCAAAGUGCAGACUCCGCAUGCUGUGUCUCACUGAUGGACAUGACCAAGGUUCUAAGAGUGAUCCGGUGGAAGUUGCUGUCAGACUGAUUAAUGCCAACAUAGUUGUGGAUUCUGUUCUCCUUGGAAGAAAGGAAAACACUGUUCUGCAUGGAAUCAGCAAUGUGACAGGAGGUUGCUGUUUCAAACCAAAGACAAGCAAAGACGCAUUAAGGCUCUUUGAAAUGGAAACAGUGCUGUCUCUGGAGAGAAGGAAACUGAAGAAAAAAUCUGAAGCAUCCUCUGUGCAGACGCUGGCUGAUUUAACGAAAAUCUUUCAAUCAUGUGGCUUUGAUGACCAGCCAGAAGUUCUACAUCCUGAAGAAUUAAGCCAUAAAGUAACCUUGCCACAGAAUGCUUUGAAAAAGAAAAUUCAGGAAUCCAAGACAGGGCGAUUUAUGGAGAAGGACAGACGAAUCCUGGAGGAACUGAAACAUCUACAUGUCGAUCCACAUCCGUACUGCACAGUGCUUCCCUCAGAGACCGACUUCGGAUUCUGGAAGAUUCUAAUGAAAGGGCCUCCUGACACACCAUAUGCAGAAGGAGCCUUCGAGCUCUACUGCCAAUUUGGAGAAGAUUACCCCCUGAAACCGCCCCUAGUGCGCUUCCUCACCCCUAUUUACCACUGCAAUGUCAACAGCGUGGGACGCAUCUGUCACAAUAUAUUUGAUCGGGACUACUCUGCCCACGUAACAAUGAAAGAGAUACUGGAAGCGGUGUUCGGACUCCUGAUUUUACCGGAAGCUGAGGAUCCCUUAGACAGCAUACUCGCUGAACAGUUCCAGUCCAGCAGGGAACAGUAUGAGGAGGACGCCCAGAAAAGCACUAAACAAGCUGCAGCCACACCCAUUGAGGACAUGGAGAAGGAAUUGGUAGCUGAAGAUUUGAGCCAAGCCCAAAUUCCCUCGCAUUUAAUCUGCAAACUCUCGAAAAAGAUGUUUAUUGAUCCAGUGAUGACGCCUUACGGAGAUAUCUAUGAGCGUCAGGCCAUCGAAGAUACACUGACGAAGCAGAAAACGGAUCCAUUCAACAACAAACCUCUGGAAGUAAAAGACCUGAAGCCAAACAAAGACAUGAGAAGCAUGGUACGGAAGUACCGAGAGAGCCAAAUUCAGGAAAGCGCGUAAAUGAGAACUCUCCCUUUUCAGUGCACCUCGGCUAAUCUGGAGCAUUGUCGUGGUAAUUCGAUUUUUGCAGUGUGAGGGCACAGGGUAAAAUGUGAAAUAUUCAGAAGUGAUAAAAAUCCUGCAGUUGUGAUUUGAUGGGAGACAUCCUCCCCAGUCUGUUUGCACCUUAAAUCCAGUGUCCUUAGUAUGGUGAAUGUUCAAUAUUUUUUAUUUUUCUUUCAUUUUUGAAACCUUUGGGGGUUUUUGAAUUGAUAUGAAUUAUUCAAGGAAAUUUAAAUGUCUUGUUCUCGUUUAUUUUUUUAUUAGCUAUCCUCACUGGCUAUUUUAACCAAAUACAAUGGAAAAUAAAUAGAAACAUUGUAAGCAUUAUAAGGGAAAAGAGAAAAGAAUGAUUAGGGAAUUUCCCUAAAUAAUCAAUUCGGAAAAAGAAAGAGUUCAGUUCAUUAGAUUGCUUAAUGUGUAGAGUACUAUAUAUCUAAGCUCGUAUACGGAUAUUUUAUGUUGUCUGUUACUUUUGUAGUUUUGGGGUUGAGUAAGAGUUAAAUGAGCAAAUGCAGGGAUCCCAGCAGACUUGCGAAGAGUCGUGAGUGGGAUGCAAGUGUUUAGCAGGAGCUCAAUCAGAAGUGUACUUCACAAAUAUGUUGUGUUCAGAAUUUUAUUUGUAUUCAGUUAAUCAUCAGAGCAGCGAUCGUUCAUUGCUGAUGACCUUGCCUUAAAUUUUUCACGGUGUUCUUUUCAGUGCACCUCUGUUAAUCUGGAGCAUUACCAUGGUAAUUUCAUUUUUGUGACGCAAGGGAAGGUAAAAGCCUGAAAUAUUAAAAAGUGAUACAAAUUUUGCCAUUCUGGAUAGAUGUGAGAUUCAAUAUUUUUCUUUUUCUUUGAUUUUUUUUAAACCUUCCGGGGUUUUUAAAUUGAUAUUAAUUAUUGAAGAAUUAAUUUUAAUGUCUUAUUUUUCUUUUCUCUUUAUUUUAUCAGCUGCACUCACCGGCAAAUGUAGCGUAUUUGUGUACCAAAUAUAAUGGACGAUAAACAGCAGCAUAAUGAGCAUGUGGGCAUAUUAGUGGGGAAAAAACGCUUCAGCUCAUGAGAUUAAAGGAAAUGAAUUAAGCAUUUACAGUAUCUAUGCUUGUGUAUGGAUAUUUUCUGUUAUUUGUUAUUGUGGUGGUGGGUAAGAGUUAAACAAGCAAAUGUAGGUAUCCUAGGAGACACGUGUACAGUCAUGAGCAGGGGUGUACCACGAAAUUCUGGGCCCUGUGCAUAUGCAGUCUCUGUGGGCCCCCUUAAAAUUUUAGACCAAAGCAAACAGCCAUGCCUUGAGGCCCUGGAUAGUCAGCUCCACUACGCCUCUCAGUGGGACACCCGUGGUCAUGAGUGUUUAGCAGAUGAGCUCAAUCAGAAGUGUACUUCACAUUCCUAAAAUGUUGUGUCCAAGAUUUUAUUUGCACUCAGUUAAUCAUCAGAGCAGCGAUCGUUCAUUGCUGACGACCUUGCCUUAAUUUUUUCACGGUGUUCUUUCCCAGCUUCUAGAAGAUAUGUGUAACCAUUUGUAUGCGUUCUUGUAUAAAAGGACAAAUAUAUCAAACCUCAAAGCCA